AUGUCUUCAAGCCUGAGUCACGUUAACCCCAGUGCCGCACAUAUUGAGUUCGGGCAUGUACUGAACCGUGCCGCCAUCAAAUGCAUCGACGUUCUCACUGAAGAUUUGGCGACCCUCGGGGAGCUUGUUCGCGAGGUGCAAAAUGAUAGAGUGGCAUUUACUCACACAUACCACCAGGUCAUUGUUGCUCUUGCAACACUCCAGUCCUCUGUCCAAGACCUCUCACGUGCCUACAUUCAACAUGCCAACACGGUCCUCACACCUGGCAAACAUGGCCUGAACCCCAUUGACGCCAACCUCACCAGCAUCCUUACCGAAUCUGGUCUCUUGAGCGCUCGUCCUGCCGAUGCUGCUCCAGCUGCUGCACCAGAACCAGAGGUCGAUGGGAAGAAGAAGCGCAAGAGGACGCCGCAUGACCCUAAUGCCCCCAAGCGUGCGCUUACCCCAUACUUCCUCUACAUGCAAAGUGCUCGUGCCACUAUUGCGAAAGAGUUGGGUGACUCAGCGAAGCCAAAAGAAGUCGCGGAUGAGGGAACUCGCAGAUGGACCGAGAUGAGUCCUGCUGAGAAGAGCAUCUGGGAUGACAAGUAUCAGAAGAACCUAGCCGCCUACCGCGUCAAGAUGGCAGCUUAUAAAGCUGGUCAACCUGUUCCUGACGAUGAAACUGCAGCGCGUCUGGUGGAGAUGGGUAAAGCUCCAGAGCACGUUGCCGGUCUAGACGCCGAAGCAGAAACGGAAGAAGAGCCAGUUGAGGAGGAAGAGGACGAAGAAGAGAUUCCAGCGCCAGCUCCGGAGCCCACACCCCCCAAAUCCAAGAGACGCAAGACUAAAGAGGCCGAGCCUACCCCCAGCAAAGCAACUCCCAAGGUCGAAGCGAAGUCUCCAGAGAAGGAUAGGAAGUCGAAGAAGAGCCGGAGGGAAGCUGCUGCUCCCGCUUCAACCAAGGUCGAGAAGUCCAAAAAGUCUAAGAAAUGA